GCAGCAGCAGCAGCAGCAGCAGUAGUAGCAGCAGCAGCAGCAACAAGGAAGCACUCUUCACCAUAUGUUCGAUGCAUCAAUGUUGCAUCAAUAACCGCGUGCAACAGCUCGUUAACGUUCCAUGGAAAUUCCAGUGCCAAUGUCAAGCAGUCAAUGUCAAGGCGAGCUAACGCUAGCUAAGUAAUUAAUAAUAACAUUCAAUAGGUCCACACACACACACACACACACAUAGCCAUAGCCAUAGCCCAUAGUAGCCAGUAGCCAAGUUAAAAGGCAAUACAAAUACGGAUACGGAUACGGAUACCUCUCACUGUCAGUCAGUCAGAAACAAGUGUCAACACCUGCUCACACACACGCAUAUAUAUAUAUAUAUAUACUACACAUAAAUCAAAGCAGCAGCCAAGGAAAUACUGUUAGUCCAAGGGCCCGCUGGUGAGAGCGUGCAGCGCACUAUGGGCAAUUGCCUGAAAUGCUUCCAGUCGUCGUCGUCGUCCGCCGCACCAACAUUGCCAACAAGCAGCUCAUCUCCAAACGCAUCGCACACAUUGAACGCCAACAGCUGCCAAGCGGCCACCAGCAUUGGCAACUGCUACGAUAUCGUUGGGGUGAAUGCAAAUGAACGUUGCGCCAUAUACAACGACAGGCCACGCGAAACCGAUGAAUUGCUCUCUAAUCGAACUCCACUCAAGCCAGCAAAUAAUUGUGAUACUAAGCGUAAUAGUUUUAAGUCCUUAGGCUUGCUUAAUGGAAGUGCGCCGACCAUGAGCGAAAUUAUAACAACUGCGGUCAAGGAAUCCAUGGAGGUGUCAGAUCAAACGCUAAAUAAACUAUUUGAGAUCUACAAAGAUCCAGACGAUGAAGAUAUGAUACUCACUGAUGGCAUUGAGCGUCUGUGCAAUGAUCUUAACUAUCAGCCGGAUGAGUUUGCAAUACUUGUGCUUGCCUGGUGCCUCGAUGCAUCACAGAUGUGCCGCUUCACCAAAACUGAAUUUAUUGACGGCCUGCACAAGAUGCGGGCGGAUACAAUUGCGAGCAUACGCUUAAGACUUGAACAGACUAUUGAGAUGCUUAAGGUUGACUCGGAAAUGUUUAAGCAGCUCUAUCGUUUUACGUUUCGUUUUGGCUUGGAGCCAGAUCAGCGCGUGCUGUCGCUGGAAAUGGCAAUCGAUUUGUGGAAACUAGUGUUCACUGUACAAACACCUGAUCUCUUUUCAAACUGGGUAAUCUUCCUCGAAAAGCAUCCGAACAUACGCCGCAUACCCAAGGAUACAUGGAACAUGUACCUCAAUUUUACUGAACAAUGUGAUAUAGAAAAUUAUGAUGAUACCGAAGCGUGGCCAAGUCUCUUCGAUGACUUUGUCGAAUAUGAAAAGAAUCGUGCACUGGAGGUGACCGUCCACGAUGAUGAUAACAACAAUGAUGAUCCAUUACAGAGCCAUGUCAAGGCCGGCGGCGAUACGCGUCACGUGUCAUAGUUAAAGAUGCAGCCCAGUAGCCAAAACACACAUAAUCGUUUUUUAGGGCCAAGCAACGUUCAACUCGCUAAUAGAAAUUUAAAGCAGUACAAUUUCAACACGUUAUUCAUUUGCGCGCUCUCUUAUCUAUUAUCUUGCUGUUAGUUUUUGUGUUUUGUUUUGUUUUUGUUUACUUAGAAAACCUUUGUAGUCGGUUCUGGCCAACGGUCAUACAUCUACGAUGCGGUGCUGGCGCUGCUUGGAUGAUUCACAACCACCACGAACAACAACAACAACAACAACAAUAAUAUUAGAGAAAAAAAAUGUAAAGAAAAAAAAACUGCAACAACAACAAAUGCACAUACAGAGCCAGUCAGCCAGCUAGAUGAUAAUUUACCUUGCAAACAUUUAACGCGCAGCUAAAAAGGGCAACGGACGCAUUUGUUUAUAAAUUAAAGACUUAUCAACAAGAAUUUCGAAAAGCUCAAUCAUACGAAACCGCAUGUGUAUAUAUAUAUAUAUAUAUAUAUAUUGUACUAAAUGACUUAAUUCAACUAGAAGAGCAAACAUGUUUUCAAUGUGUGCAACAAAUCGUAUAAAUUAUACAUUAUAGCUAUUAACAGAUGUAUUAUUUAAAAAAACAAAAAUGCAAAGAUUGCAACAUUUUAUGGCACUUAACUAUUUAAUUGCAUACACUUACAUACUUA